AUGGGGCCCCCGGGCAGUCGGAAAUCAUGGGGCCCCUGUGUCCUUGCCCACACUCAAACCACACCCAAAAAAGCCUAUGAAAGGUACCAGGGGCAUCUCAUGGGGCCCCCUACUGACCCCGGGCCCUUGGGCAGUGCCCGAGUUUCCAAAUGGUCAGUCCGCCCCUGCCCCUAGUGCAACACUGUUUAAUGUAUUAAAACAUAUAAAACCACCAAGUAAUGCACUCACAUUAGAAUAGAUCAAAGCAAGCUUGUCACACCCACUCAGUAUGG